GUGUGGCUGUCAAACUUUUGCUUUCGUUCAUGAUGCGACCGUAUACGAAGGUCGCGAGGCUCGUCAGCCAGGGCAUUCGAUGGAAUUCGACCGCAGCGGAUUCCCCCCAAGUGGGCUCGUUAGCCAGUCGGCUCACGGUGCAAAGCUCUGCUGAGUAUCAAGUCCCGGAAAUGGAUCAAUACGCUCAAGAACGAAAGGCGCUGAUAGAAGAAAGGCGGAAACAACGGAUUGAGGAACGUGUUGCCCGUGAAGCUGCUGAGCGCAAGCAACGGGCUGCGCGUGCCGCUCAGCGGUCUCCUCCAAACUUAGCGCCGUCUGCUCCCACCGUCGCUGCUACUACGCCCACUCGGCCGAACUCCUCCGCCACCCCUCACACAAACCCAGAGGCCGAGCCUAGUGAAGAUAUGGUGGCUCACCGUAGGCAACUCCUCGAGGAAGCGCGCGCGGAACGGCGUACUGCACGACUGGCGAGGGAAGGGACUCGUCCACAGCAGACGCCUGGGCACCAGCGCCCUCCCUCCUCACCGCGCGGGCCGCGCGGAGUCGCCGCUGCUCGUGGCGAUCAACCUUCCAAUGGGACAAGAUUCCCAGGACCUGGCAAGGGCGAAGAAAGGAGACCACGUCGCCCGCGGCGUCAGGAUAAAUUUGGGAAAGACUCACUUUCUGACAUGGAAAAGUACCCUCCGGAGAUUGAAGAGUGGGUGAUGAGCGAGGAUGUUAUUGAAGUGGCUCCUUUGCAAGGCCCCGAAAUCGCCAGAGUAAACCUCAAACGCCUCUUCCUAAAGGAGCGUCCAUCUUCCCGAGAUCGUCAAACACUCCUCGAGACCGUCGGUGGAGACUAUUCACGCUUCACCGCGAAAAGCCCCCAGCAUUUUGUUUCUGCUGCUGCGAAGCUUGGGCCAGGAAAGCACUCAGCAGUAGCCUCUGCUCACAGCAAGGAUAUCAUUGCGAAGAAACGCGAGGAGAUUCACGAAAUCGCGAAUACUUGGUCUGCGUAAUACAUAUGAUAUUCGAAUAAACCUGCUUUCGUGUCA